CAAACCGGAUUAUUCUUAUUUUUAUUCGUGUUGUUUUUCUUUCCCAAUCUUUCAGAAUCCUCUGCAAUUUAGCGAUGGAAUUCAAUCACAAGGUUGACAACGACAAGGCUUCGACUUACUUCGCUUCUGCUUCUGGUGAUGGCUACUUCACUGAACAAGCAUUGCGUGCGGGUUAUAUUAGUAGUGAUAUGGUGAAGAGUGACUUUAUGAGAAAUCCAAUGAAUGUUGGAGCAGCCAUUCAACGGGAGCUGGAGAAGGAGAGGAUCAGAGAUGAGAUCAUCGCUGAAGAGAGGCGGGCUCUUGAACUGGAGGUCAGGAGAGAGUUGCUAUUGGAGCGAGAGUUAGCUCUGCAACGAAGGGCUCAUUCCCAUGGUUUUUCUUUAAUGGCUUCUUCAGCGUCAAUGUUAAGGGCUGAUCAGAGGCUCUCCAUGAUGAUUCAUCCAGAGGGUGGUACUAAGCUCGACGAGAGUUUUGCUGCGUUUCCUACUCGUGCUGAGGUUGUCAAGCAUCAAGCGGAGGGGGCUAGGCUUGAGGAUACGCUCUCAUUGCCACCUCCUUCUGAAGUUGGGCCCUUGGAGAAGCUUCCCUUGCAGAGAAGUGCAGAGCCCAGAGUGGGGGAUGUUAAGCCUCUUCCUGAUGUCGGCAAGACGCAAGUUUUGUUCUUCGCAAAGCCUACUAGUUCUAGUCUCACUGGAAUGAAAAGGAAAGUUUUGGAACCACCGUCAGCCAUAAUAGGUGCUGGUCAGCUUCCUUCAGCUGGUUCAAAGAAGAAACCCCAGGAGUGGAGUUGUGCUCUCUGUCAAGUUACUGCAACAAGCGAGAAGGGUCUAAAUGAUCAUGUCCAAGGGAGAAAGCACAAGGCCAAGGAAGCUGCACUUCUGGCAAGUAAGAAUACAAGCAGGAACACUGGUGGUUCAACUCCUUCAAAGCCAACUAAGAGUGCAAAUACCAACAGUCCAAAGGCAAAGAAGGGAAAGAAACAAGAAGGUAACAAGCAGCAGCCUGUCAAGCAAGAUGGAGAUGAACCAGUGCAGAAAAAGCAGAAGCCAGAAGCUGUAAAGAAAAAGUACAAAUAUUGGUGUGAGAUGUGUCAGGUGGGUACCCAUGGUCGGACUGUUAUGGCCUCUCACGAGAAGGGGAAGAAGCAUGUGUUCUAUCUGGAGAAACUGAAGAAAGAAAAUGGAUCCAUUCCAGGCACAACAACCUCAUCCGAAUCUGCUCAUGAGAAACCCAAAAAUGUAGACACUGAGGCCAAAGAGACAAAUGGGGAGAGAGAAAAUGUAGAUGGGGAAGUAGGUGGAGUAGUAGAGGCUGAUAAAAAGGAGGCAGGUGAUGCAAAAGAAGAUCAAUCAGGUGAAGUAGACAUGGUUGACAACAGGUCAAGCUUUGAGGAGGCAACAGAGUUACGAAAGGAUGAUCCAAGCCCAUCUUCUGUAGCCGUAGGAGUAGUGGAAGGGCAUAAGAAUUAAAAUUUCAUCCUUGCUCAA